AUGGAGAUCGUGUACGUGUACGUGAAGAAGCGCUCCGAGUUCGGCCGCCCGUGCUACUUCUCCGACCGGCCCGCCGAGCUGCACGCGGACCUGCUGCCGGACGCGGCGCUCGCGGCCACUUUCCUGGCGCGGGACCCCUGCGACGUGGGCGCGCAGUGCGCGCCGGACGUGUCGGAGCACGAGGUGAACACAGAGCGCUUUGAGUCAGAAUCCCGUGGGAUAAACCAUGUGGAGGGCGGCUGGCCAAAGGAUGUGAACCCCCAGGAAAUGGAGCAAACUAUUCGCUUCCGGAAGAAAGUGGAAAAGGAUGAAAACUACAUGAACACCAUCAUGCAGCUGGGCACUCUAAUGGAACAUUCCAUCAAGCAAAACAAUGCCAUUGACAUAUAUCAGGAGUAUUUUGAGGAGGAAGAUGAGGAGGAUGAGGAGGAGGUGACAGAUGCCAAGGAGCAGCCAGCAGCAAAAACCAUCAAUGUGUUCAGAGAUCCCAAUGAGGUGAAGCGCACAGCUAGCAGUCUCUCUUGGCACCCUGAUGGCAACCACAAGUUAGCCGUGGCCUACUCCUGCCUGGAAUUCCAGCGAGCACCAAAGGAUAUGAGCUUUGAUUCCUACAUAUGGGAUAUCGAGAAUCCCAACCGGCCAGAGUUGACCCUGAAGCCAGUGUCCCCCCUCGUGAGCCUGGAGUACAACCCUAAGGACUCUCAUAUCCUGUUGGGUGGCAGCUACAACGGCCAGAUAGCCUACUGGGACACCCGUAAGGGGGGUCAGCCUGUGGAGAUGUCAGCCAUUGAGCACAGCCACAGAGACCCCGUGUACAAGGUGAUAUGGUUGCAGUCCAAGACUGGUACAGAUGCCUUCUCCACCUCCACUGACGGACAGGUCUUGUGGUGGGACAUCCGAAAGAUGAGUGAGCCUACGGAGAGGCUGGUGCUGGAUCUCAGCAGGAAGGAAAACCUGGAGAAUGCCCUGACAGCCGUCUCCCUGGAGUUUGAGCCCACCAUGCCUACAAAGUUUAUGGUUGGGACAGAGCAGGGACUGGUGGUGUCCUGUAACCGCAAAGCCAAAACCCCUGCAGAGAAAAUUGUCUGCACCUACAGUGGCCAUCAUGGCCCUAUCUACGCCCUGCAGAGGAACCCUUUCUUCCCCAAAUACUUCCUGACUGUAGCAGAUUGGACAGCACGCAUCUGGUCCGAGGACAUUAAAGAGUCAUCCAUCAUGUGGACUAAGUACCACAUGGCCUACCUCAUGGAUGGCUGCUGGAGUCCCGUUAGACCCUCAGUCUUCUUCACGGUCAAGAUGGAUGGAACGCUAGAUGCGUGGGACUUCCUCUUCAAGCGGAACGAUCCCACUCUCAGUGUGAAAGUUUGUGAUGAGGCCCUGUGCAGUCUGCGGGUCCAGGACAACGGGCGGCUGUUGGCAUGUGGCUCCCAGCUUGGGACUGCCACUCUGCUGGAGAUCUCUCCAGGCCUGUGCACCAUGCAGCGUAACGAGAAGACCCUGGCCACCGCGAUGGCUGAGCGAGAGGCAAAGCGAGAGAAAAUCCUGGAGGCGCGGCAGCGGGAGAUGCGGCUAAAAGAGCGCAGCCGUUCAGAGCAGAGCAAGGAGGACGAGAGCCGAGAGCUCGAUGGGGAGGUGACCACAGAGGAUCUGGUCGCCCGUGCUGAGAAGGACUUCUUCCAGAUUGUGGAGGCUGAGCUCAAAAAAAUGGAGAAGGAUAAAGAGGAUGAAAAGGAGAAGGAGGUCUGUGAGGAGAAAGAGUGCUGAGAGAAGCAGACAGCACCACAUGACAUCAUCUGGAGCAAAAGAGAAGAGGAUGAGCAACAUAUUUUAUUUUUAUUUUUAAAUGGAACACAGUGUCCAUGACUCAUAAGCAAAUGGUAAAGAGGGAGAAGCACAUAGAAGUCACAUCACGAUUGAUUUUUGCCCUAGUACGUAUUGUAGAUCUCACGGGAAGAUGACUGUGAUUUCUGUUUGCCACUGAUUCAUCGUAUUUUCUUUGCUUUCUUUCAGUUGAUUUUAUUUAAUGUCUUUUAAAGAAGACAGUUCUGCAUUACCGGUGACUAUUGUCAAUGAGUAAAUCAAAUGGAGAAAAUACAGAAGAGUAUAAUACCAGUAUUUAAAGCAGAACUGGGAGGCUUAAAACUGCUUUAGUAUGAAAAUAAUGAAUAAAGGUAUUGUUGGUAUGUAGAAAGAUACAUUUGGAUGCUUGUAAAUUUGACAAAAUUCCAGUCUAUAUUU